AUGGCCAGCCCGGAGCCGGGGCGCACCGGGGAGGGCGCCGCCCAGGCCGCGAGGUAGGACCGUCCAGUGGGAGAGAGGGGUCCCCUCUGGGAGACUCCCGGAUCCCUCAACAAGAUAGAGGCCUCGAACCCAGAAGCUUCUCUCUCCCUGAACCUAGGUUCCGUGAACCUAGAAGACAGUCUCUACCUGGGGGACUCGGUUGACUGGGAUGAACCCCUCCUUGGGGAAGACACUGAGAGGCCAACCGCACCCCUGUUCAUUGAGGAGACUCUGAGGCCCAACGAUGAAGUGCAGCUGCCGGAGGUGCCGGAGGAGCCGGAGGUGCCGGAGGAGCCGGAGGAGCCGGAGGAGCCGGAGGAGCCGGAGGUGCCCGAGGUGCCCGAGGUGCCAAUGGAGUCCGGAGAGAGGCCAUCUCAGGCUGUCGAGGAAGCAGAGGCAGAAGCAGAGGUCACCGUGGAGGGAGAGCCCAAUUCCGAGCAGAGCGAGGCAGCCGCGCAGCAGCCCAGCGGGGCGCAGAACCUGGGCGCGGAGGAGCUGGAGGUGUUGGAGCAGCGCUUCCAGGAGUGUGUGCAGGCCGUGGCCCAGCUGGAAGAGGAGAGGGACCAGCUCAUCCACGAGCUGGUGCUGCUCCGGGAACCAGCCCUGCGUGAGGUGCAGCAGGUGCACGGGGACAUUUUAGCCGCCUACAAGCUGCACGCGCAGGCCGAGCUGCAGCGGGACGGGCUCCGGGAGGAGGUGCGGCUGGUCAAGCAGAAGCUGUUCAAGGUGACUAAGGAGUGCGUUGCCUAUCAGUACCAGCUGGAAUGCCGCCAGCAAGACGUGGCGCAUUUUGCCGACUGUCAGCAGGUGCUGACUACGCGGGCGGCCCAGCUCUCGGAGGAGCUGGCACAGCUCCGGGACACCCACCGAAAGCAGAAGGAGGAAUUGCAGCAACAGCUCGAAGCGCCCCCGAGCCAGAGCGACGGGCACUUCCUCCAGGAGAGCCGGCGGCUCUCUGCGCGGUUUGAAAGUCUGAUGGCGGAGAGCCGCCAGGGCCUGGAGGACGAGUACGAACCACAGCUGCUGCGGCUGCUGGAGAGGAAAGAAGCCGGGGCCAAGGCGCUACGGCAAACGCAGGCUGAAAUCCAGGAGAUGAAGGAGGCUCUGCGGCCCCUGCAGGCCGAGGCCCGGCAGCUGCACCUGCAGAACAGGAGCCUGGAGGACCAGAUCAUGCUGGCGAGGCAGAAGCGAGACGAGGAGGUGCAGCAGUACAGGGAACAGCUGGAGGAAAUGGAGGAACGACAGAGGCAACUGAAGAGUGGAGUCCAACUCCAGGAGCAGAAGAACAAAGAGAUGGAGCAGCUAAGGACCAGCCUCGCCCAAGAGCUCUCAACUUACAAGGGCUGUUUAGAACUGUACUGCAGAAUCUGUAAUCCAGAAACAACAGAUACCAUCUUAGCAAAAGAUCACCAAGUAUUCUUUUGGAGAUACUCUUCCAAACAGACACGUGAUUGUCAGACUUGGCAAGCCACUUGCCCAGUUGCAAACACUGGCUGACUAUUU